AUGCAACUUGGGAAGGACAUGCGGGAGGUGGAUGCAUCCAUGGCAUCCUUUUGGGUGAAGAUGCAUGGUGUCCCGUUGCUAAAUAUGACCACUAUGGUGGCCAAAAAAAUUGGUUAUGUACUAGGGCAGGUGCUGGAAGUUGACCACACAAAGGAGGAAGAAUGUAUAGGGCGGUUCUUGGGUGUUCGCAUUUGUUUGGAUGUGCGGCAAUCACUUAUGCGUGGUACGUUCGUUGAGUUUCCUGAAGAGGGUGCAACUUGGGAUCAGAUUAUGGCUUUUGCAGGACCAGAGGCAAGCGAGGACUUGAACGGGUCUUAUGUUCUAAGGAGUAUAUGGAAAGGUACGGGGGUGGCAAAGCUUAUUGCACUAGGAGAAUUCGUGCAGAAAGGAAAGCGGAAGAAUGGAGUAGGCAUAUACGGGAGGCUGAAAUUUUUAGGGCCACAUGGUAUCACUGAGGCAUCACCCACGAACUUUGCUGAGCCUCCUCUACCUCAUGGUGGUGCUUUUCAAAUUUCUAUCGAAAGUGGGAUUGCUUUUGAUUUGAAUGUGGCGGCUGUGGUGGAGGAAGGGUCCAUAGUGCAAAGAACAACACAUGAGUCCUUAGCUAUUGUAAGAGGGGAUUUGGGUUUUCAAUUUGAGGCGUUGACUCACGGGUCUGAUCCUUUUAAUCUGGGGCCACUGAUAUUUGGGCAACCUGAUAUUUCUACGACAGGUGGCCUAGGCUCUCAGAGUAAGAGGGGAAAAGAAAAAGAGGAGAGCGGCAGAAUGGAUAAACGGAGGUGUGCUGGUAAUCGAUUAGCAUCAGAUUGUGUUGGGGCAUGUAAUAUGGGAUCUCGAAAGGAGUUAACUUUUGACGAUACUCUAAUUCAAGAAGCGAAGACCAACUUUAGGGGUCUACAGAUUUCAAGGAAAUUAUGCUGGGUAAGGAAAUGGAUAUUGGAUUGGAGAACAAGAGAAUGGAGGAGUUCCAAGGCUACUAUUGCACUCUUACAACAACAACUCAAAGUUACUUAUAUGGCUCCUGACUUCGAUUGUGAUGAGGUCUUGCAGUUGGAGAGUAGCCUAAAAGGGGCAUUGCGAGAGGAAGAGGAAAUUUUUACCACAUGCUCCCCCACGAAUAUAAAGUCUAUUACUGAUUGUGUUCAGCCACAGGUGACCAUGCAGCAGAAUUCUUGUUUGGCACGGCAAAUUUCCUCUAAGGAGAUUUGGCUAGCAGUGAAAUUCUUAAAUCCUACAAAGUCGACGGGUCUAGAUGGUUUCACAGGGAAAUUCUUUCGACAGUAUUGGGACUUGGUUAAUGAGGAUUUUAUUGGAAUGGUCUAG